AUGCCCCCCGAUGCGGCGGCUCUACCUUCUCCACCAGACAGAUCACCAUGGAAGGACAGCCGUCCUUACUCGGUGGGGGGCACCAUGCAGACCAUCAGCCCGAGCAUGAGACCGGCUACCGGUGGGAGUGGUACCCGACCAACACUGCAACCGAGGUUUCCAAAUAUCAAGGACCUACAAGAUCAGGUCGCGCUUUUGAACGUGAAUGAGCAUACAUCUAUCGAAACUCUGCUUGAGACCGCCGCGGGGGCUUUCCAGCGGGCCAAAACCCUUGCGGAUGGCGUCGAUAUUGACAAGGCAUAUGUCCAAUACCUCUGGGCUUCGGAAAUCAUCAUCAACCUGGUCCCCCACCACCCCGAUUAUCACAUGAUACAGACGCGGACGCCGGAGUUAUACAAGCAAUUUGCGGCUCUGAUGAUGUCGGUGCGGAGCAAGCAAGCGACAAUGGAUGCGAUCAAACAAGAGAUCAUCGAGGAUAAUCUGAGAAGCAAUGUGCAGCCAGCAAGGGCUCCCGUGUCAACCUCAAUGCGCGAAUCCGGUCCCGGUGGCCCCGGCAGGAAUCGAGAGAACGAGGCUCCGUUAAGCGUGUCGACAAGAAUGCCGAGUCCAACGCAAUUUCAGCAUGCGUCUGGCUCGGACAUUGAUGGACGGAGAAUCUCUGUGUCGACAGCAGACUCUCUGGCUGAACGAUUUGCACGGUUGAAGACGUCGAGGACCCCCAAUGGAUCUGGAUUCAAUGUUGCGUCGUCCCCUGUGCAAGCGCGGCGAGGAUCUGUGGACCAGUUUUUUGCUCACGCUGUGAAUUCAGACGUAGCGGCGCAGAGAUCUCCUUUGGAAUCCCCUCAAAAACGUCCGCUGGGUCCCCGUAUCAUGGACUCCUCGAAUCAGAUGCCUUCUAUCCCGCCCAAGUUGCCGAUCAACACUUCGAUGCCGCGCGCGCCCGACCCCACUUACAGUCCGAUUUAUACAGUCCCUAAUCAGCCUCCUCCGCUCAACCCGCCUCGAACAUCGGUCGAGAGUGCUCGCUCAUUGAACCAACGAUAUUCGCAGCUCACACGAUCGCCGUGCGGAAGCCCUAUUUCAGGCGCAGAUGAGCGUGCGUACCGCACACAAACUCCGAAUGGAGGCGGUUCUGCGCGAAACGCACGAAGCAAUUCCCCUGAUCUACCGUACAGUACGCACGUCACGGCGCAUGAUUUGAUGGACUACCUGCGUCGAUUCAAUGUCUUGGUAAUUGAUGUCCGACCACGUGACCAGUUUGAUCUCGGCCAUAUUUAUGCCAAGUCGAUCAUCUGUAUUGAGCCGAUCGUCUUAAAGGAGAAUGUAUCGGCUGAGGAACUUGAGGAGCGGCUGAUCGUCUCUCCCGAGUAUGAGCAGACCUUAUUUGAGAGGCGGAACGAAUUCGACCUGGUGGUCUACUACGAUCAGCAGACAGCGUCCGUCAGUUAUCUGGCAGGCUCUCCAGUGGGUACGUCGGCGCCACACUUGAGGGCGUUGCACGACACUCUGUAUGAAUUCAACGAGUACAAACCCCUAAAAGCAGGUCGACCACCAGCUCUGCUCCUCGGCGGCUUGGACGCAUGGAUCGAUUUGAUCGGACCACAGUCUCUGGCAACGUCUUCCACGGCUGCUGUGAUGGGCUCCUUGCAGAGCAAAAAGCCCCAUCCGAGAUCGGGAAAGCCUCUAGGUCGAGUUCCGACCAUGGCCAGUGCCAACUCCAGCUUGGAAGUUCGCAAGAGACGUCUCCGCGAGUUCACCCCACUCAAUUCGGAGGAGCUGUCGGCAUGGCUGGAGAAAUCCAAAAAGGAGGAGAUUGACACGAGUCACUAUCUCGAGGAGGAAGGUCUUCAGGGAGACGAGCAAGAAUUGAUCGAUGAAGCUCAGCCCGAGCCAACGAGCCCGUUGGUGCAUUCCUACGAAGCUUUCCUGCGCCGCUUCCCAGAGCCACACCAACUGCAGCAAUCGAUGAUGCACCCGGAUUCUCGUAGCAGUGUGGAUUCUUCCUACAAGUUCUCUGCUCCCGUUCCGGUUGCUCCUUCGCGACCGCCUCCCGCAGUCUCUCGCCCUAGCUAUAGCGGGGUCUCGGACGGCCGUCAUGCCCAGCCGCACGUUCAGCGACAGAAUUCUGCGAAUCGCGCGCCCUUGUAUACGUCCACUUCCUACCUCAGCCGAUUGAAACUCCCGCGAACUGGUCUGCAUAAUUUUGGCGUGACAUGCUAUAUGAAUUCCACAAUCCAAUGUCUCAGUGCCACGGUCAUGAUGAGCAAGUUUUUCAUCGAUGAUCGAUACAGACAUUACGUGCAAAAGAAUUGGAAAGGCUCACAAGGGGUGAUGCCGGGUCUGUAUGCAAAUCUGAUUCGGUCGUUAUGGAAGGGCGACGUAGAGAUCAUCAUGCCCACCUCAUUUCGAAACUUUUGCGGUCGUUUGAAUCGGGAAUGGGCGAUUGAUCGCCAGCAGGAUGCCAAGGAAUUUUUCGAUUUCCUCGUGGAUUGCCUGCAUGAAGAUUUGAACAUCAAUUGGCAGCGCAAUCCUUUGCGACCGUUGACCACCUCUCAGGAAAUGCAGCGCGAGCGAAUGCCUGUCCAAAAGGUAUCCGAGAUCGAAUGGAAUCGGUACAGUCAUCGGGAAGAUUCUUUCAUCUCGUCGCUCUUUGCGGGUCAGCACGCCAGUCGAUUGCGGUGCACCACUUGCCGGCAGACUUCCACCACCUACGAGGCCUUCUACAGCAUCAGUGUCGAGAUUCCCGCCGAGGGCACGGGGGACAUUUACCAGUGUCUCCGCAGCUACUGCCAGGAGGAAAUGCUGAGUGGAGACGAAGUGUGGAAAUGCCCGUAUUGUAAAUGUGACCGCAUCGCGACGAAACAGAUCAUUGUCACGCGAGCGCCUCAGAUUCUUGUGGUUCAUUUCAAGCGAUUCUCCGCCUCCAAGACCCAAAGCGCGCGCAAGAUCCACACGCCCAUCGAGUUCCCUCUCCACGGCCUCCGCAUGGACGAUUACAUUGUCCAAUACCCCCACGCCAAGUCCUCGGGCGACGUCGGGGUAUCUUCGUCCAUCGGUCCCGCCACGCCCCCUUUCACAUAUGAUGCCUUUGGGGUUCUUAAACACAUUGGGUCCUCCAUGGGCAGCGGUCACUACGUGUCCUUGGUGCGCGAUGCGGAACGGCAGUGCUGGCGAAAGUUUGACGACGAUCGGGUGACCGACUUCAAUCCGCGGGAUCUACGGCCCCGGGAUCGGUUACAGAAUGAGCAGGCUUACAUUGUGUUUUACGAGCGGGUUCCGGCGAAAUGA